UUUUGUUUAGUUGUGGGAUCUGGCAACCCGAGCCUGACGCCCGGUGGUGACGCAGCGUCAGCUGUCCGUGUUUGUUUAUUACACGGGAGGUGUUGUGGCGGCUUUGGAGCUAAAAUAGCAUCAUUAUUAAACGUUCAAGAAUGAUUUGAUGACGAGGAGGUGAGAUGGCGGUGUGUGCUCUGUCCAUGUUGGAUGGCCUGGGCGAUGAGGCCACAGCGCUGGGAGGCGUGCUCAUCCUGCUCCUUGCGCUGGUCCUGGCCUGGCUCUCCACCCACGUGGCUGAUCGCGGUGAUCACAUCCUCGGUACUAUCCUCACCGUGGGUGCCCACGCCUCACUCAUUGGCCUAGGGGGCCAUGACGGCUACGCUGUCGCUCCAUCCAGCUCAGAGUCAGGUGAACAGCAGAGUGACGAGACAACAGACGAGGACAAACAGGAGGAUGAGGAGGAGGAGGGAGAAGGAGGAGAGGAGCUGCUGGAUAUCCAAGGAGGCAGGAAUAAAAUGAGCCGAGAGCACGAGGGCACGGAGGAUGAUGAGGACGAGGGCGCAAGCAUCACUGUCCGACUGAAGUUUCUGAAUGAUACAGAGGAGCUGGCUGUGCUGAAGCCUCAGGACACAGUCGGAGAACUGAAAAGUAAAUACUUCUCUGGGCGUGAGCGUCAGAUCAAGCUGAUCUAUCAGGGACAGCUGCUGCAGGACCCACGACGCACUCUACUCUCACUUAACAUCACCCACAACAGCGUGCUGCACUGCCACAUCUGCCAGGCUCAGGGUCCAGCCUUGCCCCAAGCAGAGCCAGACGACGGGCAGCGCGCUGCUCCCGGAGUGGGUCUCAGCGGGAGCCUGCGCUCAGCUGCUCUCACGUUCAGCACAGGCAGCCUGGUGGUCCCGGUGUUCGUAGUGCUGCUAGCCGUGGUCUGGUAUUUCCGCUUCAACUACCGACAGCUGUUCACGGCGCCGGCCACCGUCUCUCUGGUGGGAGUCACCGUCUUCUUCAGCUUCCUCAUCUUCGGCAUGCACAGCCGCUGAGGAUACAGACAGCAGAAGAAAAGGCGAAAGGAGGCAGGUUGUUGGAAGAGAGGUGAAAAGGAAUCGGGGUAAAAGAUGGCAUACACACUCAUUCUGUUGAAAUGCUUUUAAUGGAAGGAAUCUGAAGUGAAACAGCAGCAGCUGAGUGCUAAGGAGAAGAAAUAGUAGCAGACAAAAAAGUACUCAGGGAGCCUUCUGGCUUCUGGUGCCAUUUAGAUGCUGUGUGCGUGUGUGUGUGUGUGUGUGUGUGUGAGAGAGAGAGAAGUGUGUGAGAGAGAGAAGGACAGUAAGUGUGUGUGUGGAUAGAGUAAUGAUGCUGUAAUUAUGCUUUAGAGUCACGUAAUCUUUAUAGUAAUUUAAUCACGACACAAGGCCUAGUUUGUCCUCAGUUUUUGUUUCAGCUCCCUCUGGCCUUUUCAUGGAUUAACCUCUAUGCCAGUUCUGUUGUCAGUAUGUUUGAAAGAAAAAGCUCCAACCUCAUCUCUAAUCUAUCGUAUCUGCACCAUACGAGAAAUUCAGCCAGUUUCUCUGUACUGAGAAAAGAGUGGAAAAAACGCAUUCAUAACAGAUGACUACGAUAAAAUUCUCUCAAUUAAUACUUAAAAUAUGAAACCGUUCAAUUUGAUGGAUGAGGCUGAGAGACUGCCUUUUUUUGGUAUUUCCAGCAGUUGAUUGAUAUUGAAUUCAACAAACUGCUCUUUCUAAUAGGUCUGAAGGAAUAAAAGAUGCGAUAGAUGGACGUUAGGUUUAAAAGCGCCGGAAUAUUCUGGUAAUGACUGUUAACGACUGUUUCGUUUCUUUACAUGCGUCACUAUAGCUGUACAGAUCCUUUAACUAAACACGAUGCACAACCCAGUAAAAGCGAGGGUCAUGUUUGUAACUGAAACUUAAUAAUAACAAAUAAUCUUAAUGUCAUAAUCAGGAAGCUGUUAUUUUUGGAUUAAAUUCUCUAUGAUUAAGGAUUAUACGUAGCAUACCAGGUAAUGGUCCUUUGUUUCAUUUUGUUUUCUUUUUAUUCAUUCACAUUCAUUUUUGUUCUACAGUAUUAUCUUUGAGAGAGGGGGAAAGACAUCAUCUUAGUUUUAAUACAUGGAAAUAUUUGUUCUUUAGCAAUACACAUUGUGCUCUGCGUGCACGAAAAUCCAGUUGUUAUUAUUAUUAUAAAAAAAAAAAAUACAGGGAUAACAAAUGAUAAACAAGUUCUGUAAAUAAAUAGUGUAUUCUGUAUAUAAUAUAAAAAGAGAAUUAAAACUUUGA